AUGGACAGUAAUUCUGAAAUGGCUACUACAACUAACAAUAAUAAUAUUGCUUUUAAAAUUACCAUCUCAAUAUUAAUGGUAGUGACUGGAUCACUUAAUACAAUAGCUGCUAAAUGGGCUGAUAGUUUAAAGUCUGAUGGUCGAAAUUUUAAUCAUCCAUUUUUUCAGGCAGCAUGUAUGUUUUUAGGAGAAUUAAGUUGUCUUGGUGUAUAUUAUAUAUUAAAAUUUUCACGUAAAAGAAGAAAUCAAGAUUUAGAAAAUGUAGAAACAACAACUGUUAGUCCUUUCAUUUUUCUUCCACCAGCAUUUUGUGAUGUUUUUGCAACAUCAAUUAUGUAUGUAGGAUUAAAUUUAACAACAGCUUCCAGUUUUCAAAUGCUUCGUGGUGCUGUUAUAAUUUUUACAGGUUUAUUAUCUGUUGCAUUUUUGGGUGCACGAUUAAGACCAUAUAAAUGGCUUGGUAUGUCUAUUGUGUGUCUUGGACUUGUAAUUGUUGGUGUUGUUAGCAUAGUUUAUGAAGAUAAUCCAGAAGUUGAUAUUAAUGCAAUGAUAACUGGAGAUAUUCUUAUUGUAACAGCUCAAAUAAUUGUUGCUGUUCAAAUGGUAUAUGAACAAAAAUAUCUUACUCAGUAUGAUGUUCAUGCAUUAUAUGCUGUUGGAUAUGAAGGAUUAUUUGGUUUAUCAAUUCUUGGAUUUUUAAUUCCAAUGUUCUAUUUUAUUCAUGUUCCAAAAACAUUUUCACCAGAUCCUGAACAUCGUUUAGAAAAUAUAUUACUCGCAUUAAAAGAAAUCCGUGAUAAUCCAAUAAUCUUAUUACCAUUGGGAUUAACUGUUAUUAGUAUUGCUUUGUUUAAUUUUGCUGGAAUUUCUGUUACCAAAACAUUAUCUGCCACCACAAGAAUGGUUUUAGAUAGUGUACGUACUCUUAUUAUUUGGGUUUGCUCAAUUCCAUUAUUUGGUGAAGAAUUUAUACCAUUACAAAUUGUUGGAUUUAUUUUCCUUAUUCUUGGAAUGUUCACAUAUAAUGAUAUUCUUGUUGGUCCAUAUGUCAGAUCUAAAGUAUUACCUAUGAUGAAUGAGUCGUCUGCUGUAACGAUAUUUUGCGGUAACUUUUGGAGAUCAUCUGAUAGCGCAAAUGAUAGUGAUCGUGAAAAUCUUGUUAAUAGUGAAAAUGAAGAGUAA